AUGUGUGUCGUUUUCGUGACAACCUACGUCUGCGGCGACGUCGACCAAAAGAGGGUACCAUGCAGGGAUCAGUACUCGCCUAGCCACCAAAUCCGCUACAGGCCUUCGACCGUCCCCGAUGUUUGCAACAAGUCAAACUGUAGCAACCCUUCCGCCCAAGCCGCGAGCUACGUUGCGAGCUACUACGGCAAGCACGAUGGCCUUGAUAGGAAGCCGCGAUUAUAG